AUAGACCCAGUCUCCUGGCCGAGCAAGAGAUUCGACGCCAUAUUGGAAAAAACAACGAGUGUCCAUCACAGUAAACGGAGAUUUUUCGGUAUACCAACCUACAUUGCAACUGAUUCUUGGGAGUUUGAUAUAUUAACAUGGCGCAGCAACCGACGGUGGGAAGGAUCCCACUAAACUGCGCGGCUGGUGCUGUGCCGGUGCGAAAUAAGAAGGGGGAAAUAACCAUGGAGAAAGUAAAGGUUACAAGAUAUGUGGCUGGCAAAAGACCUGAAUAUGCCAAGUAUUCAAGUGAUGAAGAGGAUGUGGACAUGGAGGUGUUUACUGGGCAAGUGUUGGGUGGGCAGACUGACGACCAGGACCUGGAACAGGCAUUUGAGCAAGCUGAGAAGACUGAUAGAAGAUUACGACGUCUUCAAGAGAGAUCAAGAGGAGAUCAAGAUGAAGAAAUGGAGGAGGGUCAUCGCCGACGCCCUCACCAACCUGAGGUCAUAAGCAUGGCGAAUGAUGAGGUGUCUGCAGAUGAGGAUGAGAGGCCAACAAGGAGAAGAAGUGAAAUGGAAGAGGAAAGCAGUGAUGAAGAGGAGAUUGAUGAGGAGGAAAUUGAAAGGAGGCGACAAAUGCUGAGGCUUAAGGCUCAACAAAAGAAAGAAGCAGAAAAGGAUCUACUGGAUCUUGAAGAUGAAGUCAAAUCAGAAGAGGAAGAAGAAGAAGAGUCAUCUGAAUAUGAGGAAUAUUCCGACUCUGAAGAAGAGACAGGUCCUCGACUAAAGCCUGUCUUUGUGAGAAGGAGUGACAGGGUCACUGUUCAAGAGCGACAAAAGAUGGAGCUGGAUGAAGAGAGGCAAGAAGAGAACAAGAAGAAGAUGAUGGAGGAAAGGAGAAAAUACUCCAGAAAGAUUGUCGAGGACCUGGUUAGAAAAGAACUACAAGAGGAACAAGGAGUCGAAAAAGAUGAAGAUGUUGUCAUAACUGAUAAUGAGAAUGAUGAAGAAGAGUAUGAAGCAUGGAAAGUUCGCGAAUUGAAACGAAUCAAGCGAGACCGCGACGAGCGGGAACAAAUUGAGAAAGAGAAACGUGAGAUCGAGCGCGUGCGUAACAUGACUGAGGAACAGAGACGAAUGGAGUUCAAGAAUAAUCCCAAGCAGAUCACGAACAAAGCGAACAAGGGCAAAUACAAGUUCCUACAGAAGUACUAUCACAGAGGAGCUUUCUUUUUGGAUGAAGAGGAUACCGUUUACAAGCGCAACUUCGCCCAGCCUACACUGGAAGAUCAUUUCGACAAGACAAUCGUUCCCAAAGUCAUGCAGGUUAAAAACUUCGGUCGGUCUGGUAGGACGAAAUAUACUCACCUGGUUGAUCAGGAUACUACCAAUUUUGACUCGGCAUGGACCCAAGACAACCCUCUCGCGACUAAAUUCUACUCACAGCAAUCAGGAGGCGGCAAACAGGUCUUCCAGAAACCCUCGAAGAAACGGAAAUGAUGUAAAAAUGUGUGACAUUGUACAUAGUGUUGAUCGUGACGGUCACACAACAAAGCCGAACGUAAUGGUCGCACCAGAUACGGCUGUGCGUGACAGUCACACAGCAUAGAGCUGUGCAUAGAGCUGUGCAUAGAGCUGUGCAUAGAGCUGUGUCAGCAUAUCCUGACAGUCACGCAGCGCCAGAGCCGAGCGUGAGAAUCACAUGACACAGACCCUGACGGUCACACAACAAAGCCGAACGUGACGGUCACACAACAUACGGCUGCGCGUGACGGACACACAGCAUAGGGCUCCGCCUGACAGUCACGCAGCACCAGAGGCGAGCGUGACAAUCACAUGACACGUGAUGAAAGUCAACCAAUACAAGUGAAUGGGUGCCUUUGCGAAUAUUAAAGGAAAAAACAGAUUGGUUGACUGUCACGCAACGGGAUAGCAGCAAACACUUCACCACUUCACAAUGUGGAUGUGAACGCCAAUACGCCGAUAAGAACGUUUGCCUUAUCUGCGACACCGUGUUUCAAACUCUCGUACUUUUGCCUGUGACCCUCAAACCCCGUGACCUAAUAAAAUGGUUCUUUUCUACCCAUUUUACCCCCAAAAGCUUCAAAUGGAACAAUAAAGUCAACAUAACAAUC